AGCUAUCAUGGCGGGGCGCCACGGCGUGCACCUAUCCCUAGGCAUCAUGAGGAGCAUGGCAGCGCAUCCUGCUGUGGAUCGCACCUCUCCACUCUCUCCCUCCUCUCCAGCCCAUGGGUUGCCACAGCACAGCCACUCGCUUUGAGUUCCUCGUGCCCUGCUUCUGA